AUGACAAAGCUAGUCAAGUCUUUGUCUGUUCUUCGCAUGGUGCUGCACGUGGCUGCGGCGCUACUGCUGAGCUCUCGUAUCUCUCAACUUGACUCUUCAUUGCAUCCAUUUGAGCGCUCAAUUGCAAAUGAAUGGGUGCGAUUGCUGUUUUACGUAGACGCGAGGAAGCAGAUCGCGGAGAAGGAGGAAAUUGUGACACUGCCGCAUUUUUUGCUUGAAAUGGAGGAGGAAAUCGCGGCUAACGUGGACGAUCAGCUCUUUAGUGGGGGCUUUGCGGCAAGGGCAUCGGCAUUACCAGUGGGCGCGUUGUUUACGAUUGAGGAGACGCGGCAGCAUUUGCAUGGGGUAGUGCUCAACUAUUUUCGACUAGCGGAUGUGGCGCUGGAUUCGUACUUGAUCUUCGACAACGAGACGUCAGCAAUGUUGCCAUUCAUUCCACCUCCGCUGCUCACAGUCCGGGCGGACAUUGAGGACGAGACAAUGGACCAAGUGUACAACAUUACGAACGCCUCAGCAAGCGGUCAGUGGCCGGCGCCGCUGCGGAUGGGCAAAGACUCUGCAAGCCAACAGGAGACGCGCGCAUUCUUCGAUGUACUAGACGUCAUGGAGCUCAAGGUAGUGGUGGGUAUGAAAAGGAAAGAGACGAUGGUGACGGAAGACGUAGAAGCUGACAAGCUUUACGAGUGGACAGUGGUGAUGCGCUAUGACCUGCUGAACCGAGGCCACUUGGAAGUUACUUUGAAUUAUGAUCUUGUCCAUGUACCGUUGAUGGAGGAUGGAAGGAGAAAAGAAGGAGAGCAAGACAUACCACUAGUGCUGCUGGAUACCAGCGUGGCCCUUAAUUGGGUCAUGCUGGCAGUGAUUGGACUCUACCAGGCAGUCGAGUUUGCAGUGAAGUGGACGACCAUCAAGACUGAUGCUGCAAAGUAUCCUUCUCACCCCAUCGGCAGAAACCCCAUCACGCACGCCUUGAGCAAAGAGGCAAAAGACUUUUGGUUUUGGUUAGUCCUUGCUGUCAAUUUCGCGACCGUGGUGUGUCUGUUGGCUACGUGGCGGCACGCCUACCAACUCUCUUUGAAUGAUACGCUGUGCUUUACGUUUGCCUGCUGCUGUGCGUUGCAGUGGAGCAGCCUCGUACGAUACUUACAGGUGAACACGAGAUUUCGCAUCCUUGAACACACAUUGCGGCGCGGCUUGCCGCGAGUGUUGCAAUUCCUCCUUGGCGUUCUGCCUAUAUUUGUUGGAUUUGUGCUGUUUGGAACCGUCAUGUUUGGUGCUAAGGUACCUCGAUUCCAGAGUGCAAGUGUCACAGCGACUACAUUAUUUUCCGUGGCAAAUGGAGACGAAAUUCAUGACACAUUUGUCGACGUCGCGUACAUUCCUUGGAUCGGGCAAAUUUAUGUGUACAGCUACAUGAUUCUGUUUAGUUACGUUGUCCUGAUGGUAUGCAUCAGUAUCAUCGAGGAUGCUUUCUUCUCUGCUGUGCUUGCAAAAGACCCGAAAGGUCAGCAUAUGCCAGGAUCUCGAAGGACAUCGUCAAAAGCUCACAAAAAUGCAUUAAACGAUAGUAUAUCGUGA